CCCGUCGCGGUGCCCACGGCGCCCCGGGCGCUCUCUGGGCCCAGCCGCGAGCCCGCCGGCCGGGGCCAUGGGCUGCGACGUCCGGGUGUCGGGGCUGCUCCGCCGCAACCUGCAGCCCACGCUCACCUACUGGAGCGUCUUCUUCAGCUUCGGCCUGUGCAUCGCCUUCCUGGGGCCCACGCUGCUGGACCUGCGCUGCCAGACGCGCAGCUCGCUGCCCGAGAUCUCCUGGGUCUUCUUCUCGCAGCAGCUCUGCCUCCUGCUGGGCAGCGCCCUCGGGGGCGUCUUCAAGAGGACCCUGGCCCAGUCGCUGUGGGCCCUCUUCGCCUCCUCCCUGGCCAUCUCCCUGGUGUUUGCCACCAUCCCCUUCUGCCGGGACGUGAAGGUGCUGGCCUCUGUCAUGGCGCUGGCCGGCCUGGCCAUGGGCUGCAUCGACACCGUAGCCAACAUGCAGCUGGUGAGGAUCUACCAGAAGGACUCCGCCGUCUUCCUCCAGGUUCUCCAUUUCUUUGUGGGCUUUGGGGCACUGCUGAGCCCUCUCAUCGCCGACCCUUUCCUGUCUGAGGCCAGCUGCUUGCCUGCCAAUAGCACAGCCAAUGCCACCUCUGGCAGCCACCUGUUCCAUGCCUCCAGGGUCCUGAGCCGUCAGCACCCUGAGGCCCAGCCUUGGUCCAACCGGACGCUGCCUGGGUUGCCCUCGCAGGACGGGGCAGGAACCCGUGUGUCCUAUGCCUUCUGGAUUAUGGCUCUGAUCAACCUCCCGGUACCCUUGGCUGUGCUGUAUCUGCUGUCCAAAGAGCGCCUGCUGGCCUGCUGCCCUCAGAGGAGGCCCCUGCUGCUGUCCGCAGACGAACUCACCCUGGAGACACAGCCUCCUGAGAAGGAAGACGUGUCCUCGCUGUCCCCCAAGUUCCACCCAGGGCACGAGGACCUGUUCAGCUGCUGCCAGAGGAAGAACUUCAGAGGGGUCCCUUCUUCCUUCUUUGCCAUCCACAUCACAGCCGCCCUGGUCCUGUUCAUGACCGAUGGGCUGACGGGCGCGUACUCCGCCUUCGUGUACAGCUAUGCGGUGGAGAAGCCGCUGUCCGUGGGACACAAGGUGGCGGGUUACCUCCCCAGCCUCUUCUGGGGCUUCAUCACCCUGGGCCGGCUCAUCUCCAUUCCUGUCUCCUCCAGAGUGAAGCCAGCCACCAUGGUUUUCAUCAAUGUGGUCGGCGUGGUGGUGACGUUCCUGGUGCUUCUUGUUUUCUCCCACAACGUGGUCUUCCUGUUCGUGGGGACGGCCAGCCUGGGCCUGUCCCUCAGCAGCACCUUCCCCAGCAUGCUGGCCUACACCGAGGACGCGCUGCAGUACCGAGGCUGUGCGACCACAGUGCUGGUGACAGGGGCGGGUGUUGGAGAGAUGGUCCUCCAGAUGCUGGUUGGUUCGGUAUUCCAGGCUCAGGGCAGCUACAGCUUCCUGGUCUGUGGCGUGAUCUUUGGUGGCUUGGCCUUUACCUUCUACAUCUUGCUCCUGUUUUUCCACAGGAUGCACCCUGGACUCUCAUCAGGUCCUACUGGAGACAGAGCACUUGGAAUGGAGAGCCUGGAGAGCUACCAGAGGUAGAGCUAGGAGGGGGCGGCAGGCGAAGAUGUCCUGAGCAGCAGCUCAGGUCGAAGGGCUGAAGAAGCCAGGGUGGCAGCGGAGGGAGGCACCUCUCAAUGCUUUGGUUCUCAUCGUCACGGAUACUGGGUUGAGUAAAAGAAAUUAAAUUGAGUUCUGCACCCGGACCUCCCUGGGCAAAUCAUUAGAUGUUUACCUGGCUGUUCAAGUUGCUCUCCUCUUCCCUGGCUCAGACUUUUGGUGAGAGUGAGUCAAGAUACCCAGCUGGAAAGGAAGACACCUAGAUGCUUCAUCCAUUGGCCACCUUCUGCAUGAACCACACCCUGAGUUUGAAGAUCACUCUUGGUUGAAGUUUGAAAAAACAAGUUGAAAUUAUAAAGAGCAAUGAUCAUUGCUAUAUAUAGACAGAUUUUAAAUUAAUCAAAACAAACCCCAGGUUACUCCUUGGCAUGCUCAAAGGACUGUGCUUUUACUUAUUAAUCAUCCAAAAUCCCUCCAACCCCUGCUAUCAGUAGUUCAUCUAUAGUCUAAAACAUCGAAAGGAAAGUUGAAUCUUGCUACCUUUGGGACACUAAUUCAGCGGUAUGCUGGGCUAGCUCAUACCAGCUUAUAAAAGCCAAUUAAGAGAGCUAGUUGUUAAACACAGCUAUUUUUUAAAAUUAGAGAAAUUUAUUGCUUUUGUUUUUAAUGCAAUUUAUAACUACUCAAAUGGUAAUAGAGAAGGAAAUGGCAAGCCACUCCAGUAUUCUUGCCUGGAGAAUCUCAUGGACAAGAGGAGCCUGGCAGGCUACAGUCCAUAGGGUCGCACAGAGUUGAACACAACUGCAGUGACUUCGCACGCAUGCACUCAGAUGGUAAAGGAUCUGCCUGCAAUGCAGGAGGCUCAAGUUCAAUCCCUGGGUCAGAAAGAUCCCUGGAGAAUAGAAUGGCAACCCACUCCAGCAUUCUUGCCUGGAGAAUUCCAUGGACAGAAGAGCCUGGCAGGCUACAAUCCAUGGGGUUGCAAAGAGUCAGACAUGACUGAGCAACUAACACUUUCACUCAAAAGACAUCAUUUCCUAAUUUUUUUAUACUUAUGCUCUUGAGGCUUAUUUAUUGUACCUGCAGGGUAGAAAUACUACAUAAAGGUAUGCUUUGAUAUAUAUCUUUCCAAUUUCACUUUCAGUGAUAACAGGUUAGUUGCUUGAGAUCAGCCAUGGUGAGAUUAUUUAUGGUGAGAAAUUGGCAAAAGCUACAAAAUCAUGACUUUAUUGUCUCCUUAGAGAAUCAUCUAAUAAACAUUUACCAGCAUACCACUGCUAAUCACCAAUGCUGAUUGGUCCAGAAGCUGUCUGAGAGAAUGGGAUGGAGCUUCUGCUUUUCUUACUGACAUUGAAUCGCUUAGAAAAGGUAUAGAAAUAGCACUAAGAAUUUCUCAAAAAAUACCUAAUUUAAACUGCACAUCUUCCAUGGGGAAAAAACUAUUUAUACCACAUCAGAGUUCUUUAACAAAACCUGGACGACUGAACAAUUUGAGCUGGGCAAUAUACUGAAAGCAGUUCAGUCAAGGAGUACCAACUCCUGUCCAGAUCAAGUCCUGCAGUCAUAGAGAGAAUGCAGACUCAGCAACCUGGAGGAGCUAGGAGUGCACAGCCAUCUGGAAGCAGUGAAACGGCCAUCACAGUGGCUCUCUGUGUUAGUUUACCUGCACUUCCUCUGUGUAAAUACAAAUGUAUGUGUAUAAAUGUACAGAAUAAGUGGGUCACGGCUCUCAGUAACCUGUCCAGGUGGAGCAUUUACCUGCCCGACACUAAAAGGCUUAUCUUGGAGCCACGGCAUGGUCAUGUAAGCCAGCUCCAUCUGCUAUUAACAUGGUCAUGAGGACCUGGCUAGAGAGAAACCUGGUUCAGCCCUGACCUCACUUUGUGGAUCCGUGGCCCUGCACAGAUCACUGAGGCCCUUCCAGCCUUGCUUUUUGUAUCUAUAAAGUGAUAUUUCUAAAAGAACAUUACCCUACCUCAAAGGAAUUCUGAAAGACUUAAGUAAAUUUGUGUAAAGCAAUUAUUAUAUGCCUGACACAGAAGUUUGCUUAAUAACUGUGAGCAAUUUUUAUUCUGAAAACCCCCUCAUUAGCAGCUUAGAAACUGUUCAUAUGUUUGGUAUAUAUUUACUGUAAAUCAAACAGAUUCAAAAUCUUUUGAAAGCUGGUGGCCCAGGGGUAUAGUUUUAACUAUGUCCAUAAAUACUUAUUUUAUGAUAGCCAAAUUUAUGUAUGUGCAAUCUAACCAUACUGAGUGACUGACCUGGGGAAGAAGAAAGCAGCUGUAUUUUCCUUGUGUUUUUCCAAGAAAACAUCCUUUUCAUACAGAUUUAGAAGAAGAAUCAAUGGUUAUAUCUAAAGUGAUCAUGAUUAAAUUUGUGAAUAUAAAAAAC